AUGGUCAGUGCACACAGGCAGGCGUGGACCUGGCAGGAUGAGUGGUACGGCCUGACAAUGGCGGAGAUCCGUCGGCUGGAGGCGGAAACGGCCAAGGCCCUGGCGGAGAAGAUGCAUGCUGCCUCCGGGCAAAUCAGUCCGGAAACUGUUGACACCACGGCGGUCAGCUCAGCACCCUCGCAGGACACGCUUAUCCAU